AUGGCCAGCAAAACUGAUUUUCACGCGGCCCUUGCUGUCAACAAUGUCAAAAAUUUCAUCCCCAUUACUCUUGAGAUGGAAAAAGGACAGUAUUCAUCGUGGGCUGAACUUUUUAAAAUCCAUUGUCGUGCAUACAAGGUGAUUGACUAUAUCAUUCCCAAGGAACUUAAGAUGCUUGCUGAUCAACUUUCAAAUGUUGGUGCACCGGUCUCAAAUCAAAGGUUAGUUCUCCAGUUAAUUGUAGGAUUGAAUGAGAAUUACGAUGGUGUUGCUACUUUCAUUCAACAAAGUGAUCUAUUGCCUCCGUUUUAUGAGGCACGUUCAAGGCUUAUCCUUUAG